CUUGAGAUUCUGUAACGUGCAGUAAAUUAUAUAAAAUCUGGAAUUAUACCUGUUCUUAUAAAUAUACAUAUCUUUUGCGAUAUUCACUGCAUUCAAAUAUGAUGGGAGGCAAACGACUUCUGAUUGUGUUGGUGCUCUGUGCAUCCCUUCUUUGCGCUGAAUCAGCCAGGAGCAGGAAAGAUUCUAGUAACCAGAACAGUUUUAGAAGGGCGGCCAAUGGGUUUUAUCAAGCCUUGAGCAGCGUUUUUGGAGAGGAGAACAUCAGGGGUUUGUACAAGUUUUUUUCCAAGACCACGGAGAGAUUUGUCCAUGGAGUGGAUGCCUUCUUGGAUACACUGUGGAAAGUUUGGACGGAUCUGUUGGAUGUCAUAGGAAUUGACGCAUCCAACCUCAGCCAUUACUUCAGCCCCACGUCUCUGUCCAACUCUCCAGCUCGCGCUCUCCUGCUGGUGGCUGCGGUGCUGCUGGCCUACUGGUUCCUGUCCUUGUUCCUGGGGGGCUUCUUCUACCUGCUGCACGCCAUCUUUGGCCGCUUCUUCUGGCUGGCUCGCGUGGCUCUCUUUGCGCUCUCUUGCCUUUACAUCCUGCAGAAGUUCGAGGGGGAUCCCGAGCGCGCGGUGCUGCCCCUCUGCUUCGUGAUGGCCGUGUACUUCAUGACUGGGCCGGUGGGGGCCUACUGGCGCCGAGGUGGAGGGCCCAGCACACUGGAGGAGAAGAUCGACCACUUGGACACCCAAAUUCGUCUCCUGAACAUCCGCCUGAGCAGAGUGAUCGACAACCUGGAGAGGUCCAGUGAACAGUAAAGCCCCAUUGGUCAGUUUUGGGGCCGGUCGGGGUGGUGAGGAGAGGCUAUUUAGGUGAAAGUAGGCGUUGGGAAUCUAGAAUGCAACUACUAGUGUAAUUCAAAACCAGGUCUCAUGACUUUUGUUUGACUUUCAUAGAAUCAUGUUUUUUUGAAUGGUCCAAUUAUGGUUGUGCCACACAUGGCCUGAAUUCCCCUAAAUCCAGACCAGAUUCCAGAUGUAUAUCACGUUGUGUUACAUUUCACUGAAAAGUAAAAGUUUAACUUACUGUAUCAAGGCUUAUCCAUAGAAGCAAAACUAAGCCUCAAUAAGCUUAGUAGUGAAAACAUGUAGUCUGUUACUUGUUAUGUGUAGGCUGUUGUAGAACUAAAUGUGUUUUUGAAGCCAUCUCCAUUAUACAGUAGCAAUAGGAUUAAGUGAAUAUAUUUGGACCUUUUUUGUAUACAGUUGACUGUGUGAAUGUGUUUUGCAGCACAAGGCGUGCUUUGGAAUGAUUGCGCUUUGUGUGAUUCUGUGUCUGUGUCGAUGUCGAUGUGGAAGAGCAAAGGGAUUGAAUGCUAUUGUUUUGGUUGCUUUGCUAAAGGACAAAUGUGUUCAACUUGAUUACGGUGUAUCAGAAAACUUAGAUUGAUGUGUCGACUGCGGCAAUUGUGUGUUAGAAAUAUGGGGAAUAAGAAAAUGAAGCUGCCCUCUGGACGUCCGGCAUAGGCAUUGUGUUCUCAGGGAGAGAAUAUGUAAAAACAACCGUCCCACUGAAUUAUGUAGAGCAACCAGAUCACUCCAUGUUGUAGGAUAAUGUAGGCCAGAAUGUUAGAGUUUUAUUUGAGGUUGGAGACUGACGUCAUAGUUUACUUUUUUUAUUAUUAUUAUUAUUAUUAUUAAUAAUAAUAAUAUCAUUGUUAUUAUUAUUAUUAUUAUUAUUAUUAUUAUUAUUUAGUCUCACACAGCAGUUUGGUGUACUAUCCUCUUAAAUCUCCAAUAAAUGAGGACUGUCUCAUAGGGAUCUCUGUAAUAAUGUGAUAUCAGAAGGAACAUGUAUAAUUUGUGUUAUACAUUGUGAAAGUUCCACUGAUUGUCAAAGGGAAUCCAAUCUCUUUAUCUGUUAUAUUUUCCCUGCCCAGUGAUUAUAUACCUUGAAACAUCUUUUUUUUAAAUGAAAAUGGGUUCAUUGAUGUUUCUUAGUUUUCUCUCUGUAACUGAGAUGUCCUUACACCUUUUUGACUUGUUUUGAUGAAUGGUACUCACUGAGUAAUUUGCUUACCUAUCGUAAAUGUUACAUUCCGUAUGGAGUUUUCAUUGAUACAUAUGAUUUGUUGGUCCACUCGUAGUGAUGUUAAAUCAUUGUUUUUUCCGAUGUGCUUUUUAAUGUGAAACUUGAAAUGUUUUUUUGGUUUUUUUGUCAUAAGAUUUUUCUGUUUUUAUCUUUUAUUUUUUCCCCCCCAUUGGUUUGUUAGUUCUGCAAAAACCCAGCGGAGUUCUCCCUGGGAACUGAGAUUCAGAUGUGAAUGGCCGUUGCCAGUGUUGGGGGACCGUGUCUAAUUUCACCCCAAAAGUGCCACCGCAUCCCAUUUCAAUGCCAAGACCAUUAACCCUGGGGUUUCCCAAGACCUGCGCCUACUUCACUUGUUUUGUUGUUUACGUUGUCCUCCAUGCCCAUCAUUCAGCUGCUGGAUGCUAACUGGCUCUUAUGUUUUACAUUGCUGACCUGUUGUGUUCUUGCUUCACAACAUCGAGCAGAUUGUAUUGCGUAUUGCGAUUGCUUCACAGAGUAGACCAUCAGUCAGACUCGAGCAGUACAGUGCAGGUAUUCCAGUAUUCCUCUCGAAAGGACCAACAUACACACAUGGUAUUUAUUCUUAUUGAGAGUAUGAUUUGUAUUGUGAUUUUUAACGGGAUGGCUUCAAGUAAAGUAUUCAACAUAUCCCAAUGACGGUAUGCAGUUUUGCAAGUAAAAGUUUAGGUAACUUUGCACUGAUGUAUAUAGACCUAGUCAAUCAUCAUUCUGUCUGACUGAAGAGCACCUGUAUAGAAACCUGUGGUCCAGGCACAUCAUCUGAAGGAUAUCGUUUCAACUGGAGCUGCGUUUGGAGCAUCCACUUAUUCACGACACAGUGAUUGUUCACUAUAUAGUGGACUAAGUGGUGAAUGCUAGGGUUUCUAAACACUAGUUAUGUAGCUAGGGUUUUUAAACACUAGUUGUCUUAUACACACAGACUACUGUAGUAGAAGAAGGUAUAUUGUACUGUAAUGCAUAUGUUAUUUCUCACCCUAUAAGCCAAACCAACCAUGCUAUAAACAUGCAUAAAACACUGAGUGAAGAUGGUAACGUUCCUAAUGUGUGUUUUCACUUUGGUUUCGGGAUGUAAAAUCACUGUAAUGAGUACUUUGUUGAAUGACAUUGGUAAAUCCAUUUUUCUUUACUUGAAUGUUUUUUUUUUUUCUGCCGAUUCAUUGAUUCCCCAUGUUUGAUAGAUCAGUAAAAAUGGAAUCUUUACGAGUGUAAGGAAGUAUGUGUUAUCACUUUGAAAACAUGUAGUAGCAUUUUAAAUUAUGAUGUUUUGACACUUUGAAAAUGUAAAUACAUUUAAAGAAAUUAAUUAAAUGAAUAUUUACAGAUUUAUAAAAAGAAACCAUCCAAUGGCUAAUCAUCUUAAGUUAUUUUGUCCUGAUUAUGGCAAUGAAGUCCUGCUUGUCUCAGAUUCUGAUCAUUCAUCCUUGGGAACAUAUUUGUUUUAAAUGUACUGCUAGGGGAAAGCUGUUCAUGUUAUAAUGUGUGAUUUAUAUUGCUGAUGACUUAAUGUCAUUCUCUUAGUUUGUGUGUCUUUUUUUUUAGGGUGGGGUGGGGGGUUGGGUAACUACUGCCUGCUGUUUUCUUGUUUUGUGUGGUUGUGUGUUUCAUUUUCUUCUUUUGUGUUGAAGGCUUAUGUGCAGCCAAAUCAGAGGUCCAACAAUUGAUUAAAUAAACAUGUUGCUAAAUCUUUUCUUUGUCUUAAUUUUUCUAUUAUUUUGUUGAAGAGCUUCGAUCAUUGGACAUCAUGCUUCCACCACUACAUUUUUGUGUUUUGGCUUUCACACAGACACACCCCUCCAC